AAUGUUGCCUCAAUCAUCUUAGACUAUAGCUUCUUCAUCUUUAUCAAAUCUCGUCACACAAAAGCUUACAUCUGAUAAUUUCUUACUAUGGAAGAGACAAAUUGUUCCAAUUGCAAGAGGAUAUGGAGUCAUGGGUUAUUUAGAUGGGUCAAAGCCAGCACCUUCGGAGUUUGUUGAGUUAGAGGAUGACAAAGGCAAGACCAAUAUGGAACCCAAUCCUGAAUACGAGAAGUGGUAUGACAAGUUAUUGCUUGGAUCAAUUCUACUCUUUCUCUUGAAAUUCUUGCUUGAAAUUCUUGCUCAGAAGGUUCGUCAUGUUCUUGCUAGUCUUGGUGAAGAGUACAAAAUGUUUGUCACAGCUGUGUUGGCUAAGCCACCUUUGCCCUCUUAUGAUGACUUAAAGACACUAUUACUUCAACAUGAGCUGCAUUUAACAUUACUUCAAAUGCAUCCAACGGAGUUACAGAAACUUCAUUGCAAAGCAGUGCAAGUCAUAAUGCUACCAACUUCUGCAAACCCAGACGACAUGUCUCCAUAUCAUAUGGUAACAGGAAGGCUACCUGAUUAUUCAUUUUUUAGGGCAUUUAGAUGUGAAGGUGCUAAUUUAGCUUCAAAUUCAACAUCUCCUAGAUACAAUUCAUCUAUGUCCUUUGAAAGUCCAUCAAAGGGAGCAAGUGAUGGUUCAUCAAUGGAGAAAUUGAACAACCCAGCUCAAGCAAUGAAGCUCUUGACUAUGAGACUAGCUUUGGACAUGGCAAAUUACUAUGAAUGGCUACUUCAUCAAUUGGAUGUGAAAAAUGCCUUCUUACAUGGAAAACUACAAGAAGAAGUGUAUAUGGAGCAACCCCAAGGGUACAAUGUUGCUGAUACUAAUAAAUGGGUUUGUCAAUUAAGAAAGGCAAUUUAUGGAUUGAAACAAGCUCUUUGCGCUUCGUUUGAAAGUCUCUGCAAAACACUUCUCUUAAGUGGAUAUUCUAAGAGUAAAUCAGAUAACUCCUUGUUCUUUAGGAGAGAAGGUAAAAAAUUAGUCAUGGUACUUGUUUAUAUUGAUGACAUUAUUAUUAUUGGAAAUGCCAAGGAGUCAAUUAACACAUUGAAGCAUACUCUUGGUCGUGAGUUUGCCAUGAAAGAUCUAGGGAAUCUUAAAUAUAUUUUGGGGAUAAAGAUUGAACGCUCAUCACAUGGAAUGAAAGUAACUCAACAAAAGUAUGCUCUUGAUCUUUUGAAAAGAUUUGGCUUAGAUAAUUGUAAGCCGACACCAACACUAGUGGCUCUUGGUGGUAAAUUGUCUCAAAAGGAAAGCACUCUCGUGAAGCAUCCUGAGAAGUAUAGAAGUCUUGUGGGAGCUUUGCAAUACUUGACCUUUACUCGACCAGAUAUCACAUAUGCAACAAAAGUUGAUCUAGUUGCCUUCUCAGAUGCUAAUUGGGGAGGAGAUCCAGAUUCUAGAAAAUCCAUUUAUGGUUUUCGUGUUUUCUUUGUUGGUUCCCCCAUUUCAUGGAGUAGCAAGAAGCAACGAAAGGUGUCUAGAUUUAGCACAAAAGUUGAAUACAAGGCCAUGUCAGAUGCAACAGCUGAACUUGCCUGGUUUAGACAUCUCUUCUCUGGGCUAGGCAUCAAAAUUUCUAAUGCAUUCCUUGCUUGUGAUAAUCAAAGUGCCAUCAAGCUUGCUUAAAUCCUGUUUUUCAUGCAAGGAGCAAACAUUUUGAGUUGGAUUGCCACUUCAUUUGAGAAAAGGUAGAAGAUAAAGAAAUUCAUUUGAGGUUUGUCCCUUCAACUAAGCAACUAGUAGACAUCUUCACCAAAGGUCUUCCUACUUCACAACAUGAGUGGAUUACAAACAUAAUGUCAAUGUUACACAAUGACAUCUAUUUGAGGGGGAUGUUAAAAGGAAUAAUGUUGAUGCUAGUUAAUCCCCAAUGUUUGGCAUUUAAUACAAGUCAGUCCUCAAG